AUGGUGGAUGUUGAUCGGAGAAUGACUGGCUUAAACCCUGCUCAUCUCGCUGGUCUCCGUCGCCUUUCCGCCAGAGCCGCCGCAUCAUCACCCUCAACCCCACUUCCAGCUCGUAACAGUCUCAUCUCCUUCACUUCCCUCGCCGAUAAAGUCUUAACCCAUCUCAAAAACUCCGGUGUAAUCGUUCAACAUGGAUUAUCAGAUAAGGAAUUUGCUAGGGCUGAAGCCGAAUUUGGGUUUGCAUUUCCGCCGGACCUUAAAGCUGUUCUUUCCGCUGGUUUGCCGGUGGGUCCUGGUUUUCCAGAUUGGCGGUCUACUGGAUCAGCUCGACAACAGCUACGCGCCACCCUAGACCUACCAAUCGCCGCCAUCUCUUUUCACAUCGCGAGAAACGCUUUAUGGUCGAAGUCAUGGGGUGUACGGCCGUCGGAGCCGGAAAAAGCCAUGAAGAUAGCGAGGAACGCUUUGAGACGGGCGCCGCUUCUUGUACCAGUUUUUAAUCACUGCUACAUUCCGUGUAAUCCGUCGUUGGCCGGAAACCCCAUUUUUUACGUCGAUGAAAACCAGAUUUUUUGCUGUGGAUUUGAUCUUUCGGAUUUCUUCGACAGGGAAAAAUCGACGUUAUUCACGAAGUCCGAUUUACAUAAAGUAAUGAAACAGCGUUCUGUAAACGAAAAAUCUAGCGGAAUGUUAUCGAAUAUUUCUCGAAGGAGUCUAGACGCGGUUGCCGGCGGAAAAACUCCGAGAUGGAUUGAGUUUUGGAGUGACGCCGCCGUCGACCGCCGGAAGAGAAACUCAAACUCAUACUCAAAUUCAUCUUCUUCAUCAUCCUCUUCCCCUGACAGAUACUUUGAAAUCCAAAGAUCCGGAAUCCCGAAAUGGGUGGACACAUAUGUACAGGAGAUCGGUUCUGUUUUAAAAGACGGUGGAUGGGCUGAUUCCGACGUGUCGGAGAUCGUCGACGUUUCUUCUUCCGGCUUCUUCGACGGCGAGAUGGUGUUACUAGACAACCAAGCCGUUCUCGACGCUCUUCUUCUUAAAGCAAAUCGGUUAUCGGAAUCUCUCCAGAAAGCUGGAUGGAGCUCCGAAGAGGUCUCCGACGCCUUCGGAUUCGAUUUCCGAAAGGUAAAAGAGCGUAAACCGGCGAAGAAAAUAUCACCGGAGCUUGUGGAGAAGAUCGGAAAACUUGCUGAUUCUGUCUCAAAAUUUUGA